AUGGCUGUUGGUAGAAAAAAAACAUUUCGUCAUGGUUUUCCGUACCAGCCAACUGCACUUGCAUUUGACCCCAUACAACGGUUAUUGGCCAUUGGCACCAAAAACGGAUCCUUACGAAUAAUUGGAAGACCUGGAGUGGAUGCACAGGUUAGACACGAAUUAGAGGCGGCCGUUGUUCAGGUGGAGUUUCUGAUGAACGAAGGAGCGUUAAUCACAGUAACUGCCGACGAUAGUUUACACCUAUGGAAUUUCAGACAAAAAAGAGCUGACGUUGUCCACAGCUUGAAAUUUCAACGAGAAAGAAUUACAGUUAUACACCUUCCACUCCGUAGCAAGUGGCUGUACGUGGGUUCAGAAAGGGGAAAUGUACAUUUCGUCAACGUCGAGACGUUUACCCUUUCCGGCUACAUAAUAAACUGGAAUAAAGCCAUUGAAGUGACCAGACCCACUCAUCCAGGGCCCAUCGUGCACCUGAGCGAUAAUCCUGCAGAUUCCAGCAAGCUGCUCAUUGGAUUCGAGACUGGUCUAAUGGUGUUGUGGGACCUGAAGACAAAGAAACCCGAAUGCCGCUGGCAAUGGGGUGACUCGCUCAAGUCUAUAGAUUGGCAUUUUGAAGGAAAACAGUUCACGUGCAGUCACAAUGAUGGCAGUCUUACUACGUGGAAUGUCAAGCCAUCUACAAAACCAGCAAACAUAAUUUAUCCUCAUGCAAAAAACAAAUCAGAAUCAUGCAAGCCCAUUCAAAAAGUCGAGUGGAAAUCAUCGAAAUCCGGUGAAUCGUAUUUGAUAUUUUCUGGAGGGUUGACCGCCGAUACUGCUGGACGCGUGCCCAGCAUAACGAUCAUGCACGGGAAAACGACUACCGUUCUCGAAAUGGACCACAACAUCGUCGACUUCGUUACGCUGUGCGAAAGUCCUUACAACAGCGACGUCCAAGAGCCGUAUGCCGUAGCGGUACUCAUGCAAAACGACCUGGUGCUGAUCGACCUGCUCAGCUCAGGGUACCCGUGUUUCGAGAACCCACACCCGAUGGACAUUCACGAAUCACCCGUGUCAUGCGUCCAUUACAUCGCCGAUUGCCCUUCAGACUUGAUACCUGCUUUCUAUUCGGUCGGUUCGAGGUCCGCAUCCAAGCGGACCGGCUACAGCGAGAACAAGUGGCCCAUUGCCGGUGGUGAGUGGAGCCCGACAUCGUGCAGCUACAACGAGAUAAUUCUCACGGGACACACGGACGGUAGCGUUCGGUUUUGGGACGCGAGUGCUGGCAGUCUACAAGUGCUGUACAAACUGAAAACUGCCAAGGUGUUCGAAAAAGCCAGGUCGAAAUCACCGGAAGGUGGUGAUGAAGAUCAAUUUUCCGUGCAACUGUUGUCAUUCUGUCCGGAGAGCAGGAAAUUAGCCGUUGCCGGCAUCUCGUCUUACGUCGUACUAUUCAAAUUCCGCAAACUCGAGUCAACGUUCGAAACCACGACGCUCGAGAUACCGAUAUACUCGGAGAGCUUGGACGAGGCCGCCGAAAGCUCRCCCGAAGAAGCGCCAUCGAAACYRCCGGGCGCGUCCGACGAAAGUACCACGCUGGUCAAGGUCCGGACAGGGCCCCAGAAGAAACCACCAGGCUUCCAGGCAUGUCUGGCUUGCGUCACGCCCUCCGCCAACGGUGAACCACCUGGUCAGAUCACCGCGCUCACGAUUAAUUCAUCGUACGGACUACGCGAUCGGUCGGGCGAAGUUGAAAACUUUCCACAUUUGAAGGGCCUCGAAGACGAAGCCGAGGAACUGGAAGAACUCAGCAAACUGGCCCUGAGCCCGGUGGGCGUGUACUCGACCCAGGUGUCACCGAACCCCACCAACCCGGAUUGGGUGGACGACGCGACCGAGCGGGCGGAAGAGGCGCUCGUCCUGAUCCCGGCCGCGGCACCAGAACCCGGAGAACCGGCGGAACCGGGAGAACCACCGCCGCAGCCCAUCGCGGUGUCCGCAUCUUCGGAACCGGCCACUCCGGCGCCGGUCAAGGGUAACGGCCGCCGGACCAGUCACUCGUGGCGGGGCCUAAAGAAACAACUGAGUCGCGUCGAUCUGAGACUGAAAAACACGUUCAACGCGACGCCAGCCAAGAACAAGGCAUCCACGUUCUACGGAACUGGCGAACAACCGGAUACAGACGAAGCCGGAAACGUCGGCACCGGCUCUGCCACGACUGCCACCACAUCAACGACCACCACAACCACUGGCCGUCUACCUCAAAUCAUAACCGAAACCGAUGGUCAAGAGCAGCGGCCGGACGUUGGUGGCACGCAGUCGGCAGCCCAUGACCAGUCGUCCACCUCGGCCGCGGCCACCAGACCCACGGAGCUCAAGCUGUUUGACCGUGACGGCAAGCCCAUUAAACCCCCGCGAUCCACCAAAGAGCACCGGAAACGGACGUCGCUGGACAAGCAGAGCAACCUGACCACGGGGUCGUCGCGAGACGCUCGACUCUUGUCUGUGCCCAACAUCAAAUACAGCCAAAGGGACCCAAGACAUAACCGGUCGAACAACCAAGCGUUCAUCAACCUCAUUAAACGACUAAACAAGUUGGACAGCUCUUUCUCCAGAUCGCGGAGUUCUAGCAUGUCGAGCUUAGACAACAUCACCUCGGAGUCGAUACAGUGUUUGACGUUCGGCGAUUCGUACACGAAGAAAUCCGAUCCGUCUAACUUCCCGACCCUCUGGAUAGGCACCAGUGUGGGAUCGGUGCUCACCAUAAUGAUCAAUCUACCACCUUCCGGAGAGCCCAGGGCGACGCAGCCCGUAACCGUUGCCCCUUGUGGUACAAUAUUCAGACUGAAGGGCGGAGUGCUUACCAUGUCGUUCCUGGACUGCAACGGYGCAUUAAUACCCUACGCGUACGAAGCGUGGAGAGACGAGGGCCGAGACAAACAAAAAACGCCAACCAAAAACUCGAGCGGACUGAACCGCAUGUCACCGGCGUUGACGGGGAGCUCGGAGAGCGUAUCCAGCAACCCCGGCGGCGGCGGUGGCGUCAGCGGUUUGGGCGUCGCGCAGCUCCAACAACAGUCGCAGGUGUCGUGCGACCGGCAGUUCGUGACCAUCGUCAGCGAAAAACAGGUCAGAGUGAUUGCCCUCCCGUCGCAGAACUGCGUCUCCAAACAUGUGAUACCCGACGCCGACUUCAUGGUCAAAUCCGAAGUCAUAUCCAUGAAAGAUAGUGUAUGCCUGGCGUGUUACAUAUCCAACGGCCACAUUAACAUCUACAGCCUGCCGAGUCUCAAGGUGCUGGUGGACGUAGACUUCCUGGCGCUCUCCGAUCUGAGUUUUCAGACCCAGAAACAGGGCAUAGUUGACCCAAUGUUAUCCAUAUGGGGCCAACAGAUGUUUGUCAAUGAAGACACUGACCAAAUUGCCAAGACGUUUUGCUUCAGUAAUCGGGGACAUGGGCUGUUUUUGAACACGCCGUCAGAGGUGCAGAGAUUUUCUGUUUCCACUGAAUUCUGCCAAAGUCUACCAGAAAUGAUGGGUGAACUGUUCCAACCGCACGAGAUGCCUGAACCGCCUAAGCAAAGUUUCUUUAUAGGACUUUUUGGAGGUGGUUCUAGAUCCAUCGACCGUGAAGAAUUAUGUAUGUAA